UCCAAGAAUGCCCUCCGAACAAAACAGAGUUUUUUAAUCUUGCGGAAAAAAUCCUCUCUGGGGCCAUAAAAUGUUCGGAUUUGAGAUUGGCGAGAAACUGAUGUACGCCUUUCGGGGCUGGAUCGCGUUUGUGGCCUUCAUGGACUUGGGCACGGCCUUCCGCUGCUUCAUCGACAAACGGACGUUCCUCGACGACGUGAUCGUGGUCGGCGCCAACGCCACCAACCAAGCUGCUGCCGGCGACCAAGACCCAGCUUUGACAAGAAUUAUUGGCGCAUACGCCAUAAUGAAAGCUGUAAUUUUGAUCCACUGUGCUCUCUUCAUUCAUUACAGACCGUUGAUAAGCCUAACGAUUUUCUCACUCAUUCUGACUCUGAUGGUGCACCUGACUGAGUGUUUCAUCUUCCAAACGGCGCCGUUUGGAUUCUACGUGAUCUUCCCUGGUUUACUAAACAUUAUCACCAUGAUCGGCCUAUCAUUGGCCCCACGUUAUCUCCAUAAAGUGGACGAACUGGUCAAGUCGUGCAGCGAGGACGAAAACGUCGAGUUGCUGAGACAGGCAGGAGCCAUGAGGCGGAAGAGACACAACAGGAAAAAUCAAUAAAGUGCUGCCAAAUUUUAACGUGCCUGAAGAACUGCACACGUUGACUUUAUAUUGUUCAAAGCUCUUAAAAUAUAUUUACUAGAAUCAAACCACUGUAAAUAUGUAGAGUUCAGUCUAGAAAGUGGUUAUGCACGAUUUUUGAUAGUUUGGAAAGUUUUCCAACAUCUAGAUAAAGUAGUAUUUAUGAUAGUUCCUCCGCAUAAGUAAUUACGAUUAGGCUCAAAGAGCAUGAGUGUUUUUGUACAUGAUAAAACAAUAUAAAAAAUAAAAAGUAU